AUGGUUGAUUUUAUGAAAAGAGCAAUUGAAUUGGCAUCUGAAGCUUUAGAAGCACAAGAAGUGCCAGUUGGUUGCGUUUUUACCAUGAAUGGGCAAAUUAUUGCUGAAUCAAGGAACACUGUGAAUGUAACUCGUAAUCCAACUAGACAUGCUGAAAUGAAUUGUAUUGACUAUUUAUUAGAUUAUUGUACCAUAAAUGAAAUAAAUCAUGAAAGUUAUUUUAAAACUGUAGUUGUGUAUGUAACAGUUGAACCUUGCAUUAUGUGCGCAGCAGCUUUAAAUAAUUUAAAAGUCAAAGAAGUUAUCUAUGGCUGUGCAAAUGACAGGUUUGGUGGUAAAACAGUGGUUAAUGUUAAUGAAUUCUAUGAAAAAAGUUACACUAUUUCUGGUAACUUAUUAGCUGAUGAUGCUAUGUCUUUAUUAAAAUUAUUUUAUAAAGGUUCUAAUCCAAAUGCUCCUGAUGCAAAAGUCAAAAAGAAAACU